AUGCUAUGUGUGAGCGGUGAACGAAUAGAAGUUGGCAGCGGUGGUCAGACGUUAAAACGUUCAUUUGCCAGAAAAUACUGUAUCCCUUCCGAUAUCCAUUUGGACUCAAUCAGAAGCCAUCUCGAUCACAACGGAGUUCUCAUCAUCACCGAAUUGGACACGUUGACUGGAAAGUUGAGCGUUUUCAAUGACGUUGAUGAGCGCCAAUGGUGGAGUGGUCCCGUACAAACACCAAGCCGCCCUGGGGGCCGCUCCUCCAAAGGUCUUCUAUGA